CUGAAAUGUAUCUGUUUUAAAUUUCAUAAAAUGAAUAAUGAUGAAAUUUCACAAAAUAAAGAGACAGAUACUUCCUUACAAUUCUUACCCAGUACUUCAAUUGAACCAAGUAUAAAUGAAAAAAAUGAGAAUGAAACCUCCAAAGACAUUACUUAUAAUGAAAGUUUUGAAACAGCUUGUUCUAAAAGCUUUUCUGAAUUUGGUACAGAAAGAGGUAGUCAUUCAGAAUUUGGUUCGUCAUUAACAGUUGAUAAUGCACAGGAUAUUACUGAAAAAGAAAUUUCACCUUGGGAACAGUGGCUCUUUGAAAAAGAAAAAGAAAGACGAAAACAGUUUCUUAAAAAAAAAGAAGAAAGGAAACAAAAAUUAAUGAUUGAACAGAAAGAAAAGGAAAUAGAAUAUGAAAGAAAGGUUCGUGCAGAAAAUGCGUAUAAAAAAUGGCUUCAUAGAAUUCAAGAAAAUCAAAAGAAACAGUUUUUACUUCAAAAAGAAAAGACUGAAAAGGAAAAGAAUGAUAAAGAAGAAAAAGAAAAGACUAUCAGAAUACUUUCAGAAAAAAAAUUUAAACAAUGGAAGAAAGAGAAACAGAAACUAGAAGAUG